GGAAAAUGACCUUAAGUGAAAGCGGGAUUACAACUUAAGCCACGUUUUGGUCCACACGCUUUUUGUUGAGCUCCAAAGAUGGUUGUGUAUCAUGAUCGCAACCUAAUCAUCAAUUACAUUCCGACGUCAAUUACAGAUGCUGAUUUAACCAAUCUGUUUUCAUCUGUUGGUACCAUUAAAACUUGUCGAAUAAUUCGAGACCGAAAUAGCGGAUCCAGCUUUGGGUUUGGGUUCUGUGAGUAUGAAGAUUCUGACUCUGCUCACAAAGCUAUCACGCGCUUCAAUGGUUACCGAAUUGCCGACAAGAUUCUGAAAGUUUCGUUAGCUAAGCUGCAAGGACGGCUUUCUCAAAGCUCAAACUUAUACGUUAAGAAUUUCCCACCUACACUUACCGAAGACGAUCUGACAGCGGAAUUCGGACAUUUUGGUCGUGUGGUUCAGUGUCGUAUAUUGCGUGAUCACGAUACGAAUGUUUCUAAGGGGAGUGCCUACGUACUGUUCGAGAAUCCUGCCGACGCUGAAGUAGCUAAACGUGCUCUAGAUGCUCGUGUCUGGCCUGGAUCUACGGAUAAUCAGAUACUGUCUAUAAAGUUUGCUACUCCACCUUAUCGACAGUCAGUUAAUUUGACAAAAUCCAGAAACAAUUUCAGAAGACCGUUUGUUCAUCAAAAUCUACGAAGUGAUCAGCUAUCUACUCAUUUACCAUCUCAAUCAAAGCCUCCAGUUCCCGAAGUUUACGCACCUUGUCCACAAUUACCACACAUUCCAAACAAUUUAUGUACAGCAUUGACCCAAGGGUCGCUAUUGCAAUCUUCUGCAAUCCAACCACAACUAACACCACAGGGUCUGUUGUGGAGUAAUGAUUAUCCCAAUACUGAAUAUCAGAACUCUGCCUCUGCCCUGAACCUAACUUCUGGUUAUUUAACACCCUACUUUUAUUCACAACAACCUUAUCCAAACCUUUGGCUACCUCUUCAACAGAAUUACCUUAACCAAAUCCCUUUAAAUACUUUAUGUACAAAUCAGUUGGAAAAUUAUGGAAGUUCAGUUCAAGGUUGUCCCAUAAUCACCAACGUUCAAAAUACAUUUUAUCCCACUCCAAGUCAGCAUAAAUCCAAUUUACCUCCCAAGAUAUCUGACGUAAUGUACAAACAGUCAAAUGACUUUUCUCAAUUCGGUCGACCCAAACCCACUAAAAUUGACAAAAAUGAAUCUACCUCUGUAUACAUAUACAAUAUUGGCAACAUGACUGAAGCACAAAUAUUCGUUCUGUUCUCACAGUUUGGACCAGUUUUAAAUGUUUCUAUACCGAAAGAUUACAAAACAAAUUCUUCCAGAAACUUCGGUUUCGUUACGUUUAGUAAUUUUCAAAGUGCGCAAAAUGCCAUAGAUAUAAUGAACGGAUCACUUUUAUCUGGUAGGCGGCUGCAGGUUUCGUUUCGCCAAAGUAAGGGAAAGUGGAUUAAAUUCGGAAAUAUCACUAACGGUAAUACUUUAGAAAAACCUGUUUCAAAAGAGAAAGGGGACAUCCCCGAUUCUGGAUGCCACAGUCCACAGUUGUCAAGUGAGAAAUUAGAUGUUACUAAUGUUUUACCUUCCAACAAUCUCCAAGUUUCAGAGACAAUCGAAAAAUUGGGGAAUCUGAAUCUAUCUAAUGGAAGCAAUACGGCCUCCUCUAAAAUCUAAAAAUCUGUGUAAACUAUACUUCGAAAAGUUAAUUUAUCUAACCAAGUUUGAGUAUUUUUUGUGUGAAAACUGUUACUUCAUUAAUUUCAAUACAUUUUGCACAUAAGUGACUCCUUGUACAUAUAUAUACAAUAUUAAUUUUGCUCAUGAUAAACGUUUGUUAUUACAGUGG